CAUUUGUACAUUCAUUAAUGUCUACUCUUUCAAUGUCAAAUUUUUUAUUUUUUUUUUCCAGCUUCAUGUAUGGCGAGCUCACCGACAAAGACACGACAGAAAAAGUGCGUCUGACGUUUGAGAACUACGAGAUGAACUCAUUUGAAAUCCUCAUGUACAAAAAGAACAGGACGCCCGUGUGGUUCUUUGUCAAGAUCGCGCCCAUUCGAAAUGAGCAGGAGAAGGUGGUCCUGUUUUUGUGCACCUUCAGUGACAUCACCGCCUUCAAACAGCCCAUCGAGGACGACUCGUCCAAAGGUUGGUCACGUGGAGACAAACUAAGAACUUGUUUUGGACUUGAGCGCGGUACGAUGACAGUAAACUCAAAUUAACGCGCUUCACAAGAAGCAGUUUGGAAGAUAGUGAACAAUUUUUCGAAAAAUGAGGCUUCAAGCUCUUUUCCACUUCCAGUUUGAGGUGUUUGUCACACGAAGCAGAAAACAAAGAGACACAUACACGUGCACUUGAAA